ACCCCUUUCAAUGGAGGAGUUGAAUUGAAGAAGUUAGCCGAGGCUGUGUAAUAAUUAGUUUAAAAGUUUAACUGGCACGAAUUUGGAUUUAUUUGAAUCGCCGAAAGAAAGCGAAAAGCUAGCUACCAUGACUGUAGUAAUUGGAUUUGAAGGCAGUGCCAAUAAGAUCGGCAUCGGAAUCAUCAAGGAUGGUGAAGUGCUUUCCAACCCUAGAAGGACCUACAUUACCCCCCCUGGUCAAGGGUUCAUGCCGAGCGACACUGCCAAGCAUCACCGUGCUGUCAUACUGACAGUCCUGAAGGAAGCGCUGGAGCAAGCAGGGCUGAAGCCUGCAGACAUUGAUUGUGUGGCGUACACUAAAGGUCCUGGUAUGGGUGCCCCCUUGGUGACCGUGGCUCUGGUGGCUCGUACAGUCGCACAGCUUUGGGGGAAGCCGCUCCUCGGUGUCAACCACUGUAUUGGACACAUUGAGAUGGGCCGACUCAUCACUCAAGCCGACAACCCCACCGUGCUUUAUGUCAGUGGAGGGAACACACAGGUUAUUGCAUACUCAGAGCGGCGGUACAGAAUAUUUGGGGAAACCAUUGACAUCGCAGUUGGCAACUGUCUGGACAGGUUUGCUCGAGUUAUAAAGAUUUCCAAUGACCCCAGUCCAGGCUACAACAUAGAGCAGAUGGCCAAAAAAGGGAGUCAGUAUGUGGAGCUGCCAUAUACAGUAAAAGGAAUGGACGUCUCAUUUUCUGGGAUUUUAUCCUAUAUUGAGGAAGCUUCCCAUAAGAUGCUGAGCUCUGGUCAGUGUGCAGCAGAGGACCUGUGUUUCUCCCUACAGGAGACCGUGUUCUCCAUGCUGGUAGAGAUCACAGAGAGGGCCAUGGCUCACUGCGGCUCCCAAGAGGUCCUCAUCGUGGGGGGUGUUGGCUGUAACAUGCGCUUGCAGGAGAUGAUGGGGGUGAUGUGUGAGGAGAGGGGAGCCAAGCUGUUUGCCACAGAUGAACGAUUCUGCAUCGACAACGGAGCAAUGAUUGCUCAAGCCGGCUGGGAGAUGUUUAGGUCCGGUCAAGUGACAGAGCUGGAGGACUCGUGGAUUACACAAAGGUACAGAACAGAUGAAGUGGAGGUGACGUGGAGAGACUGACGGCUGGACCAUCUUGGUGCUACGUAUAUGUUGUUGCAGCCGGUCUGGUAUGGCUGGUCUAGUACGGAGAAGGGACACUUAAAUGAUGAACGGACAACUGCUGAUAAGAAACAAGUUGUCACUUCCUGCACACCAUAAUUAUGUGGACUGUUGGAGAAGUGACAUAUGUACAUAAACAUUUGAAAUACAUUUAGCGCAGCCAAUUUAGUUCGUUGUUCAGUUACAGAUUCUCUUUAGUCAUCACCCAAUAUAAAAUGUGCACUUUAAAUCAAAGACUGCAAAAACAUCAAGUUUAUUCAUUUUUAUUAAGCAAUACUGUUCACUUACAAUCCUCCUCUAUCUCCAGUGUAAAUUUUUUAUUCAAUAAAUUUUCUUUUCAAAAAUCAA